GCCUAGACACUGGGACAGGGUGAGUGUGGAAAUUACUGGAAUAAGGAGGGUUGCUAUUGGGGUGAGGAGUAAGGGCCAGUUACAUUUGAGGAGUCUGAACGCAAUGGAGAGAGGUCUCAAACUCUCAGAACAAAGGCAGGUGAGAGUAAGGGCAGAGAAGCUGGGAAUGCUUUAUAUGAUUUCCUUUCUGUUUGUUACAGUGAGCAUGGACAUUUUGUAUUGAAAUGUAUUAAUUUUUAUUCCCUUUUUAGUCUAGUUCCUGGGUGACAGGUGUCUCCAUAGCUCUCUGGAAUGAGGUGAGGUCUGGUGUAACUACCUGACCUUUGCCAUUAGGCCUGGGGCUGAGGGGUGAAGGGAGCACAGGCAAGCCCUCUGCUGGCUCAGGCCCAAACAGCGGAAAAGGGACCCUAUCAUAACCUGACCCAAGUACAAAAGUCAAGGCCAAAAGGGUCAUGGGGGUGGGGGUUAUGAAUCUGCAUUUAUUUGGCUCUUACCCUGUACCUGAUACCACACUAGGCACGCUCAGUCCAUAGAGCAAUCCUGAGAAGUGGUUAUGAAACCGUUUACAGCUGAGCAAAGGGGCUCAGAGAGGUUGAGUAACUUGCCUAGGGUCACCGCUAGGAAGGUGGCAGAGCUGGGAUUUGAGUCCAGUUCUGUGUAAUACCGAGGUCCUUGGUCUUCCUUGUCUCUAGUCUGCUUCCCAAUCUCAUAGCGUUUUCAGGCUGUACUGGAGACAAGGGUAGGGUGAGUGAGCCCCCUUUUAUUAUUUAUUAUUCAAAUUGAACUUUCUAGAACUGAGGAUGACCAUUUAAUUGAAUUUUCAUUUCCUAUGAGGGGGCACUGACAUGAGCCUUCCUUUUAUCGAACUUUCUUACAGAUUUCAGCCUCUGCCCAUGGUUGCAUAUCCUAACCCUGGAGCUGCCUCUUCGCCCCUGCAUUCCUCGCCAUGGCUUUUUGGACUGCAGCUAGAUCUCAUUGUCUAUUUCAUACUGUGUUUGCUGAACUAUUUGAACUUGGUGUCUCUCCAGGGUCUUGAAAGUAGAGCACCCAGGAUGGGCACCCCAGCCUCAGUGGUGAGCGAGCCGCCCCCGUGGCAGGCCCCGGCUGAGGCCCGGGGCCGCAAGCAGGCAUCAGCCAACAUUUUCCAGGACGCUGAGCUGCUGCAGAUCCAGGGCCUGUUUGAGCGCAGUGGGGACCAGAUGGCCGAGGAGCGGGCACAGAUCAUCUGGGAGUGUGCAGGAGACCACCGUGUGGCAGAGGCCUUGAGGAGGCUGCGUAGGAAGAGGCCUCCCCGGCCGAAACCCCUGGGCAACUCACUGCACCACUGCAGCCGGCUCAGAAUCCCCGAGUCCUGCGCUCCACUGGCUGACCCACAGAGUGGUACCACGGAGACAGCUUCUGAUGAUCAGUAUCUGAACUCCAGAAGGACAAGUGCUAGGAUCCGCCGGAACUGGAAGAAGCCAGGCCCUACAAGCUACCUCCAUCAGAUCAGACACUGAUCCAGGGAAGGAGCUGGCAAUGGCAGUAUCUUCCCCAGGAAUCACAGGGACUUUUGCCAAAGGGCCCAGGAGGUGAAGAAGGAAGAGAGAUUUGAGGCAGACACCCCCACAGGGGUAAAUGAAAGACCACAGCCCAUUCAGAAGAGGACUGGAAAUGUCCCCUGAGCUCUAGGUUAUGUGGGACCCAUUCCUCACCAGAAUGAGAAACAGUGCCUCAGCUCUUCCCAUCUUACAGUAUACCUGGGCUGCAUGAUUAUUUCCCUGAGGGUCACGUGAUGGGCUCUCGGACUGAGCAUCUCACCACUCCUGCUACUAACCCUCCUGCUCCUCCUGUAACCCAUGGUCCAACAGCCGGCCCACACCCUGCCCCUGUCUGGCUAGCACAAGGAAACCGUGGUUUAAGUGGCAAAAUAAAAACAUUCAUAUCAACAGCAGUUUGUCUGUCACAAAAAGAGGAUCCCCAAAUGGACACUCUGGAGCCAUGGGAUGAAAGGUGGUGCUUACUGCGGGGAAGGGGUGUUCCCAGGAAGGAGGAAACAGGACAGGCCUCCUUUUCCCUGUGAGCUCCCCCAAUCCCCUGUGCCAGAGCCUUCUCUUCCAGAAGCUAUCUGGUUGGGAGAUGGCAACAUUUCUCUAAGGCAGUCCUGAUCCACAGGAGAGAGGUGGCUCCUGGACUCCUGCCAGGUCUAGAAGGGGAAGGGCUAUUCCAGUAGGCCUUGCAUAGUGAGCAGUGAGUCUGCAGUCAAUGUGCUGGCUGCCAGCCCUUCAGCGGGUUUCUUUACCCCCAUGGGCCAACCAGCCGUACUGAGGUGGGACAACAGCCGGACCAAUCAUUCUUGAGCCUCCGGCAUUAUCUGAGGUUUCCUGGCCUAAAAACCUUUAAGGUGAGGAUUUUGAUCACUCUGCCAGCUUUGCCUCAAUAGCAUAUUAUGUGCUCAUCAGCAUUCAGCUCUACUCCAAGUAAUCCUAUCUGUCCCAUUACCCAUCACUUAAAGGACUCAGGGUUCAAAGUGCUUCAAGCAGGCUACGAAGUGCACACAGAACAGGGCUGCCCUCUUGUGGCCCAGAAGAGAAGCCGA